AUGGAGGGACAGACCCCUGCAAGCAGAGGCCUUUCCGCAAAGCCCGCGACUGCCAGCCCCAGCCUGUCCUCUCUGGGCGCCGUCUUCAUCCUCCUGAAGUCGGCGCUGGGGGCUGGCCUGCUCAACUUCCCCUGGGCCUUCCACAAGGCCGGAGGGGUGGUCCCCGCCUUCCUGGUGGAGCUGGUCUCCUUGGUCUUCCUGAUCAGCGGGCUGGUCAUCCUGGGCUAUGCCGCCUCCGUCAGUGGCCAGGCCACCUACCAGGGCGUGGUUGGGGGGCUGUGUGGACCUGCCAUCGGGAAGCUGUGUGAGGCCUGCUUCAUCGUCAACCUACUCAUGAUCUCCGUGGCCUUCCUCAGGGUGAUCGGGGACCAGCUGGACAAGCUGUGCGACUUCCUGCUGCCCAGCGCUCCGCCGGCCCUGCCGCCCUGGUACGUCGACCAGCGCUUCACCUUGACUCUGCUCUCCACGCUGGUCAUCCUGCCCCUGUCCGCCCCCAGGGAGAUCGGGUUCCAGAAAUUCACGAGCUUCCUAGGCACGCUGGCCGCCUGCUACCUGGCCCUGGUCAUCGUGGCGCAGUACUACCUUGGGGCCCAGGCCCUCGCAUGGGAGCCUCGCCCUGCCCUGAGUCCUUCCUCCUGGACCUCCGUGUUUAGCGUCUUCCCCACCAUCUGCUUUGGAUUUCAGUGUCAUGAAGCUGCCGUCUCCAUCUACUGCAGCAUGCGCGACCAGCGCCUGUCCCAUUGGGCCCUGGUCUCCGUGCUAUCCUUGCUGGCCUGCUGCCUUGUCUACUCGCUGACAGGUGUUUAUGGCUUUCUGACCUUCGGGACAGAAGUUUCCGCUGACAUCUUGAUGUCCUACCCAGGGGACGACGGGGUCAUCAUCGUUGCCCGCGUCCUCUUCGGCAUCUCCAUUGUGACCGUCUACCCCAUUGUGCUCUUCCUGGGGAGGUCGGUGAUGCAGGAUUUCUGGAGGAGGAGCUGUGGCCAGGCGUGUGUACCCAGCACCCUGGCCGACCCCUCGGGGCUGGGGGUCCGGAUGCUGCUGACCGUCCUGUGGGUCACCGUGACGCUCGCCAUGGCCCUGUUCCUGCCAGACCUCAGCGAGAUCAUCGGCAUCAUCGGCGGCAUCAGUUCCUUCUUCAUCUUCAUCUUCCCAGGUCUGUGCCUCAUCUGUGCCGUCAGCACCGAACCGAUAGGGCCGCACGUCAGGUGCUGCUUGGAGGUCUGGGGAGCGGUGUCCGUGCUCAUCGGCACCUUCAUCUUCGGGCAGAGCACCGUGGCAGCCGUCUUGGAGCUCUUGUGA